AUGAAAGGUUCAAAAAUUACAAAUCAUCGGAAUUUUCCAGUGGAUGGAUGUCUACCAGAUAUUGAUUAUUCAUUGAUGAGAAUGAAAAAUUUGGAUGAUCUUGAUUUGGACAAAGUUUUAAUGGAAUAUGAGUCUGUUCACAUACAACGUACAGAUCAUAACUCCGAUUCGAAAUUUAAUAUAACACUAACAUCAAGCAAUCCGGAAAUCUUUGGUAAGCAGCAUUAUGAAGAUGUAUUUGUUGAAACGGAAAAUUCUAGAAAUGGAAUUAAAUCUGGCGAUCAAGUCAUACAAAUCGAUGGUGUAUCAGUUAGAAAUUUGAAACAGGCGAAUGAACUUUUGGAACGAUCUGGCAAAACUGCCAGUCUUCUGUUAUUGAGACCGGUCAAAGUUUUCAAUUUAGACUGUGAUCAGUCUAUCUGCAUUCCUCAAAACAAUGAAUUGAUCAAUAAAACUUAUAUAAAGAACAAAAUUAUCCAAUCACCUCGAACAUUUCCUCAUAUGGUUUACACAACACCAGAUCGUUUAAAACAAACAAUUUGGUUACAACAAAAUAUAUUAUUAGAAAAAUUAAAUUUAUUAUCAAAAAUAAACUGUGAUAUGGAUAAUGAUAGUAAUCAUGUCAAACCAACUAACUCCAAUAUGAAUAAGAAUGAAAACAAUACAACAACUGAUAAUCAAACUGAGAAACCUGGCGUUACCAAUUCACCACAUCAAUUGGAUCCAAGAACAACAUGCAGUAGUCCAGUGACUUCUUGGAGAAUCCGACGAAGUGCAGAUGGAACUCGGUAUAUAACAAAAAAGUAUAAAAGGCCUUCAGAAUUUUUACAUUGCAAGUCUUCAAAACUGAAUGCAAAUGAUCAAUAUCUCAACAGUAAACAUCCGUCUGUCAGUCGUACAAAUUCUUCAUGUUGUGAAAUCUCAGAAAAGCACAAAACCUCAGGUAAUCAAUCGAAAUCUUUGACAAAUUUAGAAAAUGUAAAUAGUCCUAUACAUUUAUAUCAUGUAAAUAACAUGCCGACUGUAAAUACUGUGACAUCUUCAGAAAGUAAUUUGGUAAAACAAUGCAAAAUUAAAUUUGGAAAUAGUGAAAUUCUUCAAAUGUCAAAUGUCAACAUAAAGAUAGAUUACCUUAGAGUUUUGCCUAAAUGUACACCAAAUCUACACUGUUAA